AUGGAUCUACUGUUUGGUGUAUCAGAUAUGGAAAAUUUAUUUGCUCCACGAACCAAUUAUAGGAAACGACCUUUUACGCCAACUUCAAAUUUAAACCGGAAUACAGAAACUACGAUCUCCUCAUCAACACUAUCACCACCUUGGAUGAAGAACGAGAAGCAGGGAAAUCUGACUAUACCAGUGCCACCUAUAUUCAGAACUGGAAUCUUUAAGACCCUAGAUAUGGAUGAACCAAAUCAUCAACAAUCAAAACAACAACCACCAACAUAUCAACAACCAAAUAAUCAAAACAAACCAGUUUUCAUUGAGCAACCUGGACUCUUUUACAAUGGACACCACUUCACGCAAUUCUUGAGGCAAUACGAGAUGACAGCAGACUCACUUAAUGCAUCCAAAUACGAUCAAGCCCUACAGAUUGGACGAUUUAUGAAAACUGAAGAACUCAAAGAUCAAAUUGAGUUGAUGGACGGAUACGAGGAAUGUGACUGGGAUACUCUACGGGCCUCAAUGAUUGAAUUAUGGGGUGACAAAUAUACAAUCCUAUAUACAACAUCCGACCUAGUCAACCUGUCCAAAGAAUUUUCUAGAGAUAACAAAACAAGACAGUUGAGAAGUAGACAAGAUGCCGUAAUUCCUUUCAUCAGUGCCUUUCCUCAAGAGCUCCAGAGAAAUAUCAAACAGCAUUUAAAUCACAACGGUCAACUUCCACAGGCACCCGAUGGAUCCAGGUUACCCCCUCUUUGGGAACACCUUACGGAGGCGGCUGGAAUGGAGAUCAAGUUGGAAGAAUUAGCCAAGGAAAUUGAGUCACUCAAACAACAAAUUCAAGAUAUACAAUCACCUGUCAUAUGCAACACUCCGCAUUCUUUGUCCCAAUUGGAGCCAGUGACGGAUCAUACGGAACUAGCAACGGAUCAUACGGAACUAGCAACGGAUUAUACGGAACUAGCAACGGAUUAUAUGGAACUAGCAACGGAUUAUACGGAACUAGCAACGGAUUAUACGGAACUAGCGACGGAUUAUACGGAACUAGAGACGGAUUAUACAGAACUGGUGAUGGACGUUUCCCUACCUUCAAAACUCAUGACAGAAACAGAGAGGGGAGAAUCAGUUGCACCUAUCAACCUACUGGAUCUGGGAGAAUGGAAAGUGGAAUCAACAAACAUAAUGAAUACACCAAUGGAACUUGUGCAUACAGUAAUUGAAAUUCAAGAAAUACCUCUAGACAAAUUGGAUACCAAGGACAGUGGGGAUCAAUCUAAACAACUGGAAAAAUUAUUGGAUCAGUCCCCGCAGUCCAACAAUAAUCCUUUACAGAUUCAAACUUUACUACUUACAGACACCUCUACAAAAUCCCACAAAUUCCCUACAAUCCCCAGUAAAAUUUGGAUUCACAAUAUCUACAAAUAUUUGGAAAUUGAGAUCUUCAACAAGCAACUAUUUAAGCCUUACUUGGACCUGUUUAGAAUUUUCUGGAUCAAUAACAACACUUCUCAACACCUGACGCUCAAGGAUACGGAACCUGAAGAAAUAAAGGGAAUACAUAAUAGUACUCACGUCUCAUUAGCAUCUGAAAAUUUCAAAACAACAAUCUCAACUAUUCCCAGUCAACCAGUUAUGUUAAUGCUUUCAACCACACCAAUUCCUGAAGAAGUCUUUUCAAUUCUGACACCGCCGGAUCCACCAGAUUUUUCAAAAACAUUUCUUAGUCCACAGAAGGAAGAGCACCAGAAAACUAAACAAUCAUUAGAAUUAUCAAUCAACAAUCUUUCUCAAUCUGAAUUACCAAGGGAAUUAUUUCUUCUAUUUUAUUUACUCCAGAAGAUCCUUCCUCAUUUACCCAUAUCAAUUCCCCCAGACCCUUGUCAAAAUAAUUAUGGAAACAUCAAGCGCUCAAGGCUACCGGUUGGAGUUGGUUAA